AUGCUGGGGAACGACACAAUCAUCGAGCGUGUUGGGGCGCUCCCAACAACUCCCCGUAGGCGCUUCGAGGCGUUGAAGGUGACCAGUUCAUCAAGCUUUUUUAAAGGAGAGUUUGAGCUUGCGAACAUAUUUGUCGCGAGAUACCUCGCCGUUAGCGACGCCACUUCGUUCCGAGUUGCCUGCAGAGCGAUUCGAGAAUGUCUUGAUGCACAGGCUGCUUCACCGACUAAUUCAAACGGCAGUCACUCCAGUUUGGACAAUGCCAUGGUUCUGGGCCGUGGAACCUUUGGUACUGUCUACCAGGUCACAUCUUGCUUGGCAGUAAAGGUUCUCCCAGCAACUCUGGACGCCUAUGUUGAGAUCGACAUAUUGCAAAGCCUGCACCAUCCAGGCGCGUUGGGCGUGUAUGAUUUUUGGGAGCGGGACAGCUACCUUUACAUCGUCAUGGAGCUUCUCAUUUGCGAUUUGGGGAAUGUCGCAAAGCCAUGCGCCGAACCCCGGGUUCGGCAUGUUAUGCAACAAGUCUGCGACGCAAUGGCAUACUGCCACAACCAGGGCGUCAUGCACAAGGACCUAAAACUCAGCAACAUCAUGCUCGCGUCAGCUGACCCCCCCAAAGCCGUGAUUAUUGAUUGGGGCAUCGCCGAGCGGGGCGGUUUUUCCACACGCUGGGGCGGCACUCUGGAAAUUAUGGCGCCAGAGGUUAUUGGGCAACAGUUUACCAGCAAAUGUGACGUAUGGUCGCUGGGCUGCGUCAUGUUUGCCCUGCUCUGCCAGCGGCCCUUCCGUGUUCCAACGCCAUGGUAUUACCCCUUUCCCUUACCCGAGGAUGGGGCAAUGCACAUUGCGCAGUUGGAGCGGGGAGCACAGUGCGGAAGGUUAUGUGCAUCGGCUAAGGCAAAACAGCUUGUACGGAAGAUGCUGACUUUUGACGACGCCAAACGGCCAAGCAUGCAAGACGUGCUGGCUGAUGACUUCUUCUCUGUGCCAGCUGUUGGCGUGCAAGUGAGCCGGUGCUUCGUGGUGGUGCUGCUGCUGGUUGUAUGCCUGAUUGGGCUUUGCUUUUCCGGCUUCCUCCACGGCAGGUUGGCCAACUUCGACAACCCGAUGGCACGCAUCGCCCACAGCUGCAAGCAACAUAUACUCUUGCGACCGCCUCCCUGGAAACGCUCCUUUCCUGGGCGCGUGGUCAUUUGA